CCAAAAUUAAGCUUACUACACACACGCGCACGCAAAGCCAAACGCUUAUAUAUACUCACACCUUCAUAUAUAUAAUAAACUUUCCCAAUGGAAACCCUCAAACCAACCCCUCUCUUCACUCUCCUCCUCCUCCUCCUCCUUACUCUCGCCGCCGCCGUCGCCGCGACCGCGAACGCAUCCGCUCGUAAAACCGGUCCCCCGGUUCCCGUCUCCGUCGAUGCCUCAGCCGCCCCCUCCACGUCGCCAUCCGACAUGGCGGAGGACUCUGCCACGUCGGCAUCCGCCGCCGGUGCUGCGGCUGCCCCCUCCACUUCGUCGUCCGACGUGGCAGAUGACGCCGCCGCGUCGGCGUCGGCGUCGGAGCAGCCCCCAAUCAGCUUCUUCAUGCACGACGUGCUGGGGGGCGCGAACCCGUCGGCGCGCAUCGUCUCCGGGAUCGUCGACAACACGGCGGUCAACGGCCAGCUCCCCUUCGCGCGCCCCAACGGCGCCGUGCUCCCGUUCAACGGCGGGGUCUCGGUCAGCGGCGGCGCCGGGAACGGCGCCGUCGACAACAACAACCUCCCCUUCCUCACCGGCCUCGGCGGGACCACCAACGCCGUCACCCAAACUAACGGUAACGGUAACGGUAAUGGCGUCGCCAACGGGCUCCCGUUCUUCGCGGGGGGAAACCUCCCCGAGGGCACGUCCCUGCAGAAGCUCCUGUUCGGGACGCUAACGGUGAUGGACGACGAGUUAACGGAGGGGCCCGAGCUGGGCUCGGGGGUGGUGGGAAAGGCGCAGGGGUUUUACGUGGCGAGCUCGGAGGAGGGGACGAGCCAAACGGUAGCGCUAACGGCGAUGCUAACGGCGGGGGAUUAUGCGGACUCGAUAAGCCUCUUCGGGGUGCACCGCACGGCGGAGUCGGAGUCGUACCUCGCGGUGGUGGGCGGGACCGGGAAGUAUGCGGGCGCCAAGGGGUUCGCGAAGGUCGCGGUCGUGCGGACGCCCGCAGCGGCGCACGAGACCGACGGGGUCGAGUCGGUGCUCCAGUUCACGGUGUAUCUCUCCGCGUACUAGCUAGUAUUGGAGGAUUUCUAUGCGGACUCGUGCGUGGUGUUCGUAUGCGGGUUAAUUUGUGUCUUUGAUUUGUGUGGGUUUUUUCUUUUUUCCUUUUUUUUUUUUUUUUGUGGGUUUGAAUGUUUAAGUGAUCGUGGAAAAGGGUGAUUGUAAUUUAUUUUAUGUGGAAUUCUCAGUGUUAAAUUUACUUUUA